AUGUAUGACACAAGUAUAAAACCCCCACUGACAAGUCCAAACGUGUCGUCGGACCGCAUGUCGUACGUCGGCGGCGACCACAUACAGGCGAACUGCUCGUCUCCGCCAUCUUUGCCUGCCGCCAACGUCACGUGGUACGUCAACGAGCAGAUGGUACCUGGAUUCACAGCUAACCACGUGCUGAACUUCAGCAAUGGCUACGCGUCGAGUCAAGCCACUCUAGAAUUAGAGGCAGCCGCGCUCUCGCCCGUGCCUACCCUAAUGAUUCGGUGCGAGGCCUCCAUAUUCGAUGUAUGGAAGUCGACGAGUCAAACUCUGGUGCUUCGGGAGCGAAGUGCGAACCCCGCUUCGGCUUUAGGCCGAAGUUUCACAGGUAAAACCUAA